CUCAAGUAUAAAAUGGCCAAUCUCCGGACCAAACUCAGAGGCCUGGGCUGUGCUGAGGUGAUGGUAAAUUCACUAAAGAACAAGGCCCAAGACAAAAGUCAGGCAGCGUUGAAUGUGAAAAAGCCUAGAAGGGCAGAAGUCAAUUAUUGUCCGCAGUAUCCAAAAGGAGAAACCACUGACAGUCUGGAAAAGGAGAGAACUGCACUGCUUUCAGAGAUUCAGAAGAGAAACAAUGACCAUAUAGUGACAAUGAAAAUGGAGAAGACUUUCUCAUACAGAAGGCAAGAAGUUAUUCAAGGACAGCCCUUGAUUGCAGAUUUCAAAAGCAGAUGGCCAACUCUGUUCACUCAGAAAGAGAUCGACAAGGAAUUCCUGCGCAUAUCGACUGUACCACUGCUAUCUACAUUCUUUUCUGAGAUAGACAGGUACACUCCACGCAUGAUGGAGAUCUUUCGAUGGAAAUGUGGGGUGACUGGAAGAAAAAUGAGACACAUCAUGAUGGCCGUCUCCAAGGAUGACACAAUACAUUCAAGACGAGCAUGCAUCCUCAAGUCCUUGUGCGUCUACUUGAACGAAGACCACGAGAAACUUGUGAAGGAAUACACAAACACUGACGCCAACACUGAAGCCAUGGAGCAAACUCUGAUGGGAGUGUAUGUCAUACAGCAGGAGGGUGCAGAGCCUGGAGAUGACCCAGAGAAUAUUGGUGUCCUGAUUGAAGGUGUGGAGGUUCUCACUGGUUUGAGGAGCAUCGUGAUUGCUUGUGCUCUGUUAUUUGGACUGAUAUACUGUCUGAACCUAAGCUACCCACCGGAGCUCAAAUGCACUUUUGAAGUCUUGCAAAAAAUUAUCAUGAAUUUGGAUGGGCAGAGGUUGUCAUCCAAGGCACAGUUCCUAAAAAACAAGCUAAUGGGGUGAAUGAGCUUGAAACAGACUCAUGGAAGCCAGAUAGUUUUCCAUAUCUCUGCAAUGCAGAUUGUUUUGAGUUUAACUUUGAAAGUUCAAAAUUACAAAAUUAUAAAAAUGUUUAGAAGCACUAUUUGGUUUGCUCAGUAGA